AUGCUUCCAAACUCGACAGCUGAAGAGAUUCGCGCUGCGAUUGAGACAAAAAAACAUGAAAUAGAGGCGCAGCGUGCAAGGCUGCGUAGGGCGCAAGAGGAGGUGUCUCAGGCCCAGGAGCGUCAGAGGUUGCGGAGAGAGCUCGAUGACCAUGUACGUCAACUGGAAGAACAUUCCGACUGCCUUCAGGAGGAAUGGUUUCUCCGCUGGGAGAUUGACAGGGACGAAGACGGACCACAUCUUCCCAAUAUUCGGACUGAAUCCAGGGCGGCCAGCACCAACACGAUGGAGACUGAACAUUUUGCGCACUGUGUCACCAAAGGUGAGUUCGUGUGGGAGAUGGCGGGCUUCUCCUGGUUGGAGAGCAUGCUACAGCAAAGAGACCUCCCUUGCUGGUCUUCAGGCAGCUUUGCCGUGGGCGAGGAGGAGUUCCAUCUUAGGUAUCAUCCCCAAGGUGGAGUAUUGUGGAAGUCUACUGGCGAUCGGCAGCAAGGGUCCCUGGCGCUCAUUUGCACUAGUGGAAGCAGAGUCGCUCUUCGGCUCCGGCUCCUUUUGAAGACGAGUGGAGCAUUCGUGCAGUGGGGUGACACUAUCCAGGCCUGCCACACAGGAGGACUUCCAAGAGCAUAUGGGCCUGAUGUGCACGAGGAACGUUCCUGGCAUUCGGGGCUACCACCUGUAGGUAUCUUCGGGCUCUCGCACAAGCAACUACUGCAGUCAGAAUGGGUGCAAAACGAUUGCCUGACUGUGAAGUGCAUCUUGGAAGUCCGCCCCGACAAUCGAGGUGUAUCUUCGACAUUCACCCCGAGACCGACAGUGGAAGUUCCAGCGCCUACAAUGGGAUGCGACUUGCAAGCGCUGUGGGAGACUGGUACAUGCAGUGAUGUGCAGUUCGUUGUUCAAGGCGAAGUGGUCAACGCGCACUCGCAAGUCCUGUGUGCAAGAUCCCCGGUUUUUGCAGCACAGCUGACAAGCGGCAUGAAGGAAUCUGUGUCGAAAGUGAUUGAGGUUGACGAUUGCGAGCCUGCAGCAUUCAAAUCAUUCCUACACUUCCUUUAUACCGACAAUCUUGAGGAGCUGUCAUCUGUGAAGUCCAAGGAGAAGGACAGCUCGAGGCUGUCACAAGUCCAAGCACUCUUAGCAGUCAGCCACAAAUACCACGUACUGCGGCUCCAGCGCUGGUGUGAACUGCAGCUGUGCAAAGAGAUCACGGCUUCGGGAGUGUGCAGCAUAUUAUGUCAAGCGCACUUGCACCAAGCCACCGAGUUGGAGAAGGCCUGUCAUACCUUCAUCAAAGACAACAUGUCCGAGGUAGUCAAGCUGCCGGCCUAUGCUAACAUGGUGAGGGCAUGGCCGGAGGUGUCGCUGAAGGUAAAUCUGUUUCUGGCGGGAGUGCGAGAGCCAGCUGUGGAUGCCUCUCAGGACAGCAAUGUGCUUGGUCAGACAGGAAAGCGCAAGCGUGAAGAGGCGGAGUGA